GAGAGAGAGGGACAGAAGACAGAUAGAGAAAAAGAGAGAGGGGAGGGGAAAUCGCAGCAUGCAAAAGUCUAUGCAAAUGCGUUACGAUAAUUAACGUCCGUUCGUGGCCAGUAAGAUAUCUUGCUUGUGUCAAGACACGUGUGAGUAAGAUUGCCGAGAGGCAAAACGUUACUACGACGACGACAACGACAACGACAACGACGACGACGACGACGACGACAACGACGACGACGAGGAGGAACACGCUGGUUACGUGCAAACUAAUCACGGACGAUACUUUAUCGAACCGAUGAACGAAGUCAAGCCCGAACUGGACGGCCAGCAUGUUCACAUUGCUUAUAAGAGAGAUGCGCCACAUGAAAAACAGAGCAAUGGAAAGGAUUCAACGAAAGGACAUUGUGGAACCAAAGACGACUGGGAAAGGUCAUGGGCUGAACAACUGGCGAAGUUACAACGACGAAUAGAAAGAAAUAAUACUUUGGGAUCGAAACGUGCUACAGCAACCUCGGGCACUCACAGUAUUCAUCGUUUCAUUGAAAUCGGUUUAAUAGCUGACAGAAGAUUUCUUGAUUUUCACAAUAACACUAAUUACGAGCAAUACUUGUUAACGAUCAUGAAUAUGGUAUCGGAUUAUUAUCAUGACAGUUCUAGCGGCAAUCAGAUAGACGUCGUUGUCGUACGUAUUAUUUAUUUGGAAAAGGAAAAGGAAGAGAUAGACUUGCUAAUAAGUCCGGCGGCCGAGGAUACUCUGGACAGUUUUGCGAAAUGGGCGGAGAAAGUGAAUCCGAAAGAUCACAAACAUCCUAAUCACUAUGACAUUGCUGUACUCGUGACUAGGUAUGACAUUUGUUCGGAAGGGACCAAUUGCGACUUGAUGGGUCUUGCUUUCGUUGCGACUGCCUGUGAUCCGUCAAAAGCUGCUUGCAUCAACGAGGAUAGCGGAUUGUUGCUUGGAGUUGUGAUAGCACAUGAAGUCGGUCACGUAAUGGGUUGUUCUCACGACACCGAGGAAAUAAGUGGCUGUAAGAAGGAAGACAAAGAUGGAAGUUUCUUUAUUAUGUCACCCGUUGUCUUUAUCUUUACAAUCAGAUGGUCGACCUGUAGUAGAAGAUUUAUAACAUCGUAUUUGGAGAGCGGCCUUGCAGAUUGUUUGAACGACGAUCCAAGAAGUCCUGGAGCAAAAUAUUCUUAUCCUAACAUGUUACCCGGCGCCAUGUAUGGUUCUGAGUUUCAAUGUCAGAUGGAAUUUCCUGGAUCUAAGACUUGCCAAUCUAGUAAGUUCAGCGAUUGUUCCGCUCUUUGGUGUUUGACCAACUCAAGUUGUUAUUCCCUUGGUACUCCGAAAGCCGACGGAACGAAGUGCGGCGAGAACAAGUGGUGUGUUCACAAGAAAUGCGUGGAUAUGGGUUCCCGUCCUGCAGCAGUGAACGGUGGAUGGGGAGCAUGGGGUCCUAUGAGUUCUUGUACCAGGACUUGCGGUGGUGGCGUUAAAUAUUCUGAGAGGGAAUGCGACAAGCCAGUGCCAGCAAAUGGCGGUAGAUAUUGCAUCGGCGAGAGGAAGAGAUUCAGCACUUGCAACACUACGCCUUGUGAUCCAACCAAACCACCGUUUCGUGCGGUCCAAUGUGCCUUGUACAAUGAAAGGAAUGUAUUGACUGAUGGGCUUCAUCAAUGGACGCCGUACUUGUACGAGAAACAAAAUCCAUGUGCACUUUAUUGUAUCAACGAGAAAAACACUUUCUCCAAACUAUCCCCUACUGUGAACGAUUCAACUCCUUGUAAAGGCGGCACGAAUUAUAUGUGCCUUUCCGGAGUUUGUAGGAAAGUAGGUUGUAAUUGGGUAAUCGAUUCUGAUGCAAUUGAGGACAAAUGCGGAAUUUGUAAUGGCGACGGAACGAAGUGUACGAUAACCGAGGGAGAUUUUGACGAGCCUUCUGCACGAUCGGCUUAUAUAAAAAUUGUAACGGUACCUCGUGGUGCACGAAGUAUAAUGAUAAUGGAAAAGAAACCUGCGCAGAAUAUAUUCGCAGUGAAAUUGUCUAAAGACAGCAAGUAUUGUUUGAAUGAUAAAAAUCGAGAGGAGAGGAGUGGCGAUUACGAAUGCGCUGGUACGAUGAUUAUUUACUCGCAUCCGGAGCCGGAUAAGGAGGAGAUCGCGAUGAAGGGUCCGAUCGACCAAGAUAUCGAUCUCGAGUACGUGUUUUUCUAUCCCAAAGUGAAUCCAGGGAUUCACUAUAGCUACUCGACCGGAGUCGUAGACACCAACGUGACCGUUGCACCGAAAUAUAUGUGGGAUUUUGUCGAGUGGACGGAAUGCAGUGCCAACUGUGGUGGUGGCUCGAUGGUGUCCGAACCAACUUGCGUCGAGGAGAACAAUGGAAAAGUCAGUCCAACUUUCUGCGAUGGUAUACCACAUCCAGAACCAAAGAGUCGAGUGGAGAGUAAGCCAGUGGAGCAAAUGUAGCGCGUGCGACGGUAACAAAGGCACCAGGCAUCGUAAAAUUCAAUGCGUGAGAAUGAGUGGUCAACCAGACGAGGAAGCCAUUCAAGCAAAUUUCGAUGCCUGUAAGGGUCGCGUGCCACGACAAACAGAGGAAU